UACAAUCGGGGGGAGGUUUCUCCCAGCAGGGUGGAAUUUGGACAAAGUUCCUGUCUGUUAUAAUCCGUGCAAUCAACAGGGCCUGACACCGAGGAAAAUGCUAAUUAUAGUAACAUUUACAGAUCGAAUGCCUAUUCAGGGUUGUUGACAAUAUUAAGGAAAACUAGGCAAACUUCGGGAUGUUACGACCUUGACUACACCUGCGACACUCCAGGUACCCGAUUAGGUUGUCAUAGGGCGUGUAGCGCUGAGAAAGAAUUGCAGGUUUGUUUGGACCACAACCCGUCCACCUUCCAUCCUUUGCAGUCAUCCUUCCACCUGCUGUGUUGAGGUCUACCUGAGCCCUUGUGGCUUGAUUGGUCGCUCCUGGGUUGACUGGUCGCUCCUGAUUGGCCCCUCGAUGAGUUCCGAUGGGCGCCCACAGGGCCGCAGCCCAAACCAUGGAGGCAGCAGGUCAGGCUCCCAGUACGCCUUGUGUGCCCUGGGCGUCGCCCUCAUCGCCCUGGGCAUUGUUAUGAUCGUCUGGACCGUCAUACCCAUGGAUGCAGAGGGCCCGAAAACGAGCAAUGUCACCGCCAACGACGACGACUCCACCUCUCCCACCCAGAGCCCAGGGCCCAACCAAGAUGUCAGCGCCAAGGACAAGAUGAAGGCAUCGUCAUCAGUGGCGUACGUGCUGGUGGGGGCAGGGGCGGCCAUGCUACUGCUGUCCAUAUGUCUGGGGGUGAGGAACAAACGGAGAGAGAACCAGAGAGCCAGGGACGCGGUGGUGGUGGGCACCCCAUACGUGGACCGUGUAGCAGGGGAGCCGGCGGAAGCAGCGCAGCCAGUCCCGACCUACGACGUGCCCAGCUAUGAGGAUGCGGUGGGCAGCGGCCAGUACCCCAUCCGCCAGAGCAACCUGCGCAACAGCACCUCCCAGCUGCCGUCUUACGAGGACCUCAUCAGUGCUGUGGAGGCCGAGGGGGAGGGGCCCAUCUCCAAGCCCGCCGGAGAGGCCCCGAACACCACCACCACCCCAGCCGCCUCAGACCCUGCCGCAGCCAAUCCACCCAGCCGCCGCAGCAGCAGCCGGGCCAGUAAGAUAUUGCGCCCCCUGCGGGUCCGGAGGAUAAAGUCGGAGAAGCUUCACCUGAAGGACUUCCGGCUCAACAUCCGCAGCCCAUCACAGGCUCGGGUCACAAUCGAACCCAUCACUCCUCCGCCGCAGUACGACGACAAGAUGCCUGAACUCUGAGAGUGCCAUGUGGUGCGAGGAAUAACUUAGGAAUAACACUCCUGUGAUAGUAUAACGCUGCUGAGAAAUGGCACUUUAGACACACGACUGUAUCUGAUGGACUCCGAAGCAUGCUGCAGAAGAGUAGUAGUGUUCUCUAAUGGACUGGAACUGGGUCUGGUGCCACAGUCGGUGUCUUAAAACCACAGACGUUAAAAUGGCUGUGAAUCCAACAGCCACCUCGACUUCUUCACCCAAACUGGUCUCUAUUUGCUUUUAUUAUUUUCCACCGUACAUGUAUAUCUGUAUUUUGUCAAAAUAAAUCUAUGUUGGUCAAGUUUCAAGAUCCUUUAUUGGGAUAACUAUGUUCUGCUGGCAUGGGGUGGGUCUUGGGAAAUGUAAUUACUGUAAAAUGUACCCACCAUUUUCAAAUGUAAAUAUGCCGAAAAAUCACUUUUUAGUUAACUAUACAUAUAAGCUUACUGGGCGGUGUUGAAUGUCAGGAAGGGUCUUCAUUUCAUCGUUUAUUGCAAAAGUCAUGUGGUCCCCUAGCAGAUCCCUUUCCAGAUGCUCUGCUGUAUGUUUGAUAGUCACAUGACACUAUAUAAGAGUCAGCAUAAGAGAGCCCAUCUUUCAAAAUAGUGUCAAAAGGGAGAUAGGUGAUUAGAUUUUUUUUUCUUAAAUCCAGUGGUGACCUUGAUUAGUGUGAUUUUAUUUGAAUGGGUAGGUGGUGCAGGUUCCUUGAUUAGAACAUCACAAUGUCAAUAGAAUUCAGAAGUCCUUUUUAUUUAUUCAGCUUUGUGAAUAUUGUUGUUAUUGUCAAACACUACUGUAUUAACACCAAACUACUGCAAAUUGUGAAUUUUAGGGAUGUAGUAUUGUGAUUAGUGAAUGCAGCUGUAUUGAUCUGUUUGUUAGAAAGAGACAGAUGGGUACUUGAUUCUGUUUCCAUGACAAUGUAAGGUGUUGAUGGUCAGUUUGGGUGAUUGUGUAUUGUUGUUUUUAUGUAUUUAUUAUAAACAUAAUAAAAUUAUGCAGUUGACGUUGA